GGCUGCACGCACAUUCUCCCAGUCGAUUGGUCUGCCUGACCAAACACAUUCCAGCUCAUCCGCGUGGAGAUCCUCAAGUGCUGACCCGCCUCCCGUCAGCUUUGCCGCGGACGAUUGAGAAGCGACGCGACCUGUAGGCGCGUACAGACCCGCACACUCCGCAAGAUGGAUAUCGACAAGCUCUUCAAGCGACCAAACCUACCCGCUUCGGCGCUCAAAAAGGGCAGCUGGACGCCCGAAGCAGCAGCUGCACACGCUUCGCGCGAAUCUGCAGUUGAGGCCACAGGUCUUCGAGAUGCUGAUCAGCAGGAUGGUGUCGCUGGGCCUUCGCGGGCCCGGCCGACGCUGAGAGCCACAGUGCAAGACGAUGAUGACGAGGACGUGUACGGACCUUCCAUGGGUUCGAUGGAGUCAGAAGGCCACUCGGCGAUGGAGCAAGGCGACGAAGAAGAGGACAGCAGGUUCUUUGGUGGUGGACUGACGGAUCAGCAGAGGCGAAUACUGGACAUUCUUGACCAGGAGGAGGACUCGGGGCCGGCCAGUCAGUCGACAGAGAUCUCAGUUCUCAAGAAGCAGCUUGUGCGCUUCGAGAGAACUAUCAAUCGUAAUCAAGAGAUGCGUAUGAAGCACGCUGAUGACCCAAAGAAGUUUAUAGAAUCAGAAGCGGACUUGGACGGCGAAAUUCGGGCACUCGUCAUCCUCACCACAAAUCCAGCGCUACUAUACAAGGAGGCAAUCAAGAACGACAUACCUGCAUCGUUGUGCUCGCUCAUGUCGCACGAGAACGAAGACAUCGUCGUGGCCGUCGUCACCCUCAUUGAGGAACUGACGGAUGACGAUGUGCUGGAAGGCGCCGAGGAGAAUGGACGGCAGAUGGCAGAGUCGGCGAUGUCAAUCUUUGUUGAUGCCUUGCUCAAGAAUCAAAUCCUGGACCUUCUACUCUCGAAUUUGGACCGCUUCAUCAACCUUGUCAAAAAGUCCGGGGCAGAGCAAGAUGCAGAUGAGCAAGGUAUCUACCACACUUUUGCCGCGCUGGAUAACUUGAUCGGACUCAAUGGCAACGUCGCAAGCAAGCUAGCAACCAACGAGCGCCUCGUCAACCGUCUCCUGGAGCUCGUCAACGCCAAGGGAGGCUUCUCGCAGAACAAGGGCUACGCAGCCGAGUUGCUCGCUGUCCUCUGCCAGCACGUUUCGCAAAACAGCGGCGCAGAUGCGAAGAAGGUCGUCGGCGGCAAAAUGGAUGCGAUCGACGGCCUGCUCAGGGGGCUCUCUGCUUUCCGCAAACGAGAUCCGGUCGAUGCCGACGAGACGGAGUUCAUGGAGAACUUGUUCGACGCUCUGUGCGCGCUGCUCGCGGACGAUGGCAACAAGCAGGUCUUUCUCAAGAAUGAGGGUGUAGAGCUGAUGGUUAUCAUGUCGCGCUCCAAGCUUUCUUCGAGGUUAAAGGCUGUCAAAGUGCUCGAUCAUGCCAUGUCGGGGCCAAAGGGAAAGGUGGCUUGCUUGCGGUUCGUUGAGUCUCUUGGGCUAAAGAGUCUAUUCCAGCUACUCAUGGCGAGGAACAAUGGCAAACGCAGGGAAGGACACGACAUUACGGCUGAAGACGAAGAGCAUGUUCUGUCAAUCAUGGUCUCCUUGCUGAACGCACUGCCUCGGGAUAGCAUGGAGCGGAUACGAUUUCUAGCCAAGUUUGUCGAGAAGGAUUACGAGAAGCUAGAUCGUCUGCUCGAGUUGCGAGAACGAUUCAGGGAACGACUCGCCCGCGCGGACGCGGAGCAGUCUGCGGCAGGGAGGCAGCUCGAGUUAGGAGAGGACGAACAGGAAGCCAAGGAAUUGCUCCAUCUCGAGCGUCUCGAGUCAGGCUUGUUCGCAUUGCAACUGUGCGAUUACAUCCUCGCAUGGGUCUGCGUCGAAGAUGACGGCGUACGGGACUAUGCCAAGAUGCUUCUCUUGCGACGGGGGCAACGACUCAGCAAGGACGUUGCGGAGAAUCUGCAGGCGUAUUAUUACGAUCUAGGAGACGGUGAGGACGACGUGGUCGAUGGCGCCGCAGGCAAGGUGAACAACGGCACAGACACAGACAGCGGUGGGGGGAAGGCGGAGCAGCCGACUCAGCGCGAGGUCAUUGUCGAUCUAGUCAAUCAGCUGCUGAAUGAAGAUUGA